AUGUUUAAAAUUAUAUUUGUUGCUUUGUUUUCUGCGGCAAGUGCUGGAGUAAUACACGACCACUAUGGCCCAGCUGGUUUAGUAUUAGGUCCGGUGCCAGCUGCACCUGUGGUACACGCCGCUCCAGUCGUUCAUGCCGCUCCCGUUGCGGUGAAAGCUCAUGUUGCCACCUCGUACGCUAAUUCCAAUCUUGUUGCUUUGCAUCCGCAUCCUGUCGCUGUGGCUCCAGCGCACCCUAUCGUACAUGCCGCCCCUGUUGCACCAUUAGUAUUAGGUCACGGUUUUGGCCCUCAUGGAUUUUACGGACAUCCUUAA